UCUCCCACAGUUCGUCAAGAGUUGAAUAUCGGUGAAUUCUUCUGGAAUUUUCUUUCUGAGAAAGCCAGGCUCGAGAAUUGUCGGGAAAUAGGGAAACACAUCUUUUCUCUUAUAUUUUUUGUAAGAACUUGUCUCCCAUUUGGAAGCAAAGGUAAAAAUUUUGCUUUCUCUUAUUAUUAUUUUUGUGUGGUCCUUGUCAUUUUCACUUAUUAUUAUAUUUAUUUAUUUUUUUGGUUCCUUCUUUUCAACACUGCUUCCCUCUCUCUUCUUCCUCGUUUUUUUUUUGUUUUCUUUUUCGGUGGAGGAAGCGUGAAGUUCUGUGAUGUGUGGGAAAAGAGAGGCUGAGUUCAUUUAGAAAAGGGGUUGAGCUCGUCUUAUUACUCUUCUCCUCCCUUCUUUAAAAAAAAAAAAAAAAAACAAAUUUGGUUUUGUUUGCCGUGAGGAAGUCUGUGAUGUGGGAGAAGGGAGGCUGAAUUUGUUUUGAAAAAGGGGUUGAGCUCGUGUUCUGAGGUGUGGAAAGGGGUUGAGCUCGUUUUUGGAAAGGGGUUGAGCUUGUUUUGGAAAGAGGUUGAGCUUGUUUUGAAAAGGGGUUGAUCUCGUUGCCCGUAGAAGGUUUAAGAAGAGUUCGUCGAUGGUGGCACCGAGCUUGCCGCCUGAUGUUCCGAGCUUGUUAAUGGCGGCUUCGAGCUCGUCGACGGUGGUUCCGAGCUCGUCUCCUGUUGCUUUGAACCUGUUGAUGGUGGCUCCAAACUUGCCUCUUGAUGUCCCAAGCUCGUCGAGGGCGGAUCCGAGCUCGCCUCCUGAUGUCCCGAGCUUGUCAACGGCGGAUCUGAGCUCGCCUCCUGUCGUCCUGAGCUUGCCAAUGGCGGGUCCGAGCUUGCCUCUUGUCGUCCCGAGCUUGCCAACGGUGGGUCCGAGCUUACCGACAGUGGCUCUGAGUUCGUCUCCUGUCGCUCCGAAUUCGUUCGUGGUGGCUCCAAGCUCAUCUCCUGUUGUUACUUCGGGUUCGUUGUUGGUGAAAGAGUAUGGUCGAGAUGCGGAGGGCACGAGCUUGCCAUUGGUGGGGUCGAUCUCGGAUUUUGUUUCAAGUUCAUCAGUUCCUAGCUCGUUCCUAGGUUCGAGCUUGUCGUUUGCUGUUCCAAGCUUGCCGUUAUCGAUGGAGCCGUGUCACAGUGAGGUGGGGUUGAGCUCGUCGUCUUUUGGUUCGAGCUCGUCUUUCGUUCCGAAUUUAUCUUCUGUUGUGCCAAACAUGCCCUCGGUGAUGGAAACGUCGGAGCUAAUUUCGCUGAUUGGUAUGCCGUCGGAUGGGAAGGUUGCUUGUGAGCAGCUGUCUUUAUUAGUUCAUAAGAUGGAGCUUGCCGAUGGCUGCAAGUCGUGGUCGGAGAUUGCCGAAUCUGUCAUUGCUGUUGAGUUAGGUACUCUUACUGGAAGUGAAGCAGAAGAUAGGGUAAGCAUGAGUUUGAUCGAGGAAGGGACUGGGUUUCUUUUUGAUGAGCAUGGGACUAAUUUAGCGGUGGAGCCUGGCGUUGAGGGGUCGAGGUUGUCUUUAGCAACGCCUCUUAUUAUCCUUAGUUCGUCAUAUUUGACAAAUAAGACUAUGUUAGAAACUGUCCGGGAGCAUGAGCAGAUGCGGCUGGCGAACUCUUCCCAAACUAAAGAGUCGUCGUCGGAAACUACAAGUUCCUCUGAUGGUAGUUCGUACUCGAGUUCUCAUAGUGAGAAGUUUGUGGAUAGUGGUGAUGUUUCUGAAGAUGAGAAACGAGAUGAUGACGUUAAAAACGUUGAUGUUGAGGAUGAUGGUGCUCUGGGGAGCGCCGAUGAUAAGUGGAAUAGGACCUAUGACGUUAAUGUUGGCGAGGAAAGUGAUCAAGACGAGUAUGCUAGUGACGGUGAUCAUGCUGCUGUUGGAGAUGACGAGAUGGAUGACCGAGAUGGUGUAGAUGGACGUAGUGAUUUUAAUGGUGAGUGUUAUGACUUUAGUGAUGAGUAGGAUAGUUUUAGUGGUGAGCCAAGCGGUGUUAGUGGUAGUCUAGGAGUCAUUGUUGUAGAUGAUGGGAGGGAGGAUACUGAUGGAGGCAGUGAUCGUCGAGCCGAUGUUACCGAUGUUUUGAGAAAAAUAAAACAAGAAAGCGUGGCUGCCUCCUUUGCUGGAUCGCUUGAUGCCUUUGGUAAUCUUUGUGACUAUAGGAAGAAGAGAAAGAGGGUCAGGAAGGCGAGGGAAAGGCGAGGGAAAGGCCUAGGAGUUUUGUAGGUCCUCUUGUUAAUCAUCCGGAUCCAUCGGAGUCAUUUCCUUCUAUUGUUGAUGAGGAUACGAUUAAGUGGAUCUCAGCCAACUGUUACCGUAAUGGUGUCAUAGAAGCGCGUAUUCCUGGCGAGGAUGAACGUCCAUGGACAGUUCCGGAUGGGUGGCUUUGUGUUUAUGAUUUAUGGUUCACCGAGUAUCAUUUGUGGUUUCCCUCCCGAGGUUGUUGCUGGCGUAUUGUGAUGAACAUCUUAUUGCACUCGCUCAACUUACUUCUGCUGCUGUUCGAAACAUAGUUGCAGCUUUGUUCACAGCCGCAGAUAUUGGUGUUCACAUGAGCCUAUGCUUGUUUGAACGUAUUGCGCAUAUUACUUGGUGUGAUAAAAUGGACGGGGCUUUUUAUGUGUCUAUGAAGGCUGGCUGUGGUGUUGUUGGGGAGAGGAAGAGAAAAACGUUAUGUUGGAUUAAGAAGUUUUUUUAUGUUCGAAUUGCGCCUUGGUCAGUCCCUGAUGUUUCUGAUAUGAGUGUCCCUUUUAGGAGUAGUUGGAAUCCUACAAUGGUCGUCAUUUAGUUGGUGUUCCUCUCGUUCCUGGUGAUAGUGAGUGCGUGGAAUACUUCAAGGAGACGAAGGCUCGGGAUUAGACUGUGGUGAGGCGAUCGGAGGGUUGGCGGCGCAUCCCGUUUAUUAACUCAGCUUAUUAGAGAAAAAUGGAUUUGAGCGAGAUUCCAAGUUUGGUUGAUUGUUUUGCUGGAGGUACUGAUGAUGCUUAUGUUGUUGAGUCUGGUCAGUGUGCCGCCGGUGUGGAGCCUUCGGCAUCUGCUCGUAAUAUUGUUAUGGGUUUUACGAGUACGACAGUUCCUGUACCGUCCGCUGGUGUUUCUGAAAAGGAAGUUAUUGUUGCGGGCAGUGGGAGUGUUGUGGCGAAAAGGGCUGCCUCUGGUCAUUCACCAAAAAAUGUGCCGCCUUCGAAAUCUCGCAAAAUUGUGAGCUCUGAUGUUGAGCUGCCUUUGGUGGUUGAGUCUCCUGCUGCGUAGAAAGCAUCUUUUGAGCCGUUUGAACAUUCGUUCAAUGGUUUGGCUUCGGGAUGUGGUGAUCUGUUCAAGUUGUUUCAAUCAUCUGCUGGCGUUGAUGGUUUGCCUUUGGAUCAAGUUAAGCGCGGUGAGUGGUAUCAGGAGUUCGCUCGUUACUUGGCCAUUUUUGCGAACAAACUGGUGGUUAAUCAAGAUGAAGAGCUUGAAGAGGUGAAGGCCGAGCUUGAAAAAACGAAGGCUGAGCUUGCUUCUAUUAAGGACAAGGUUGACGGUUCCGAGGAAAUAGCAGCUUUGCGCGGUAAGUAUGAGGCUGAGAAGAAAGUGUCCUCAGAUGCGUUGGAAGAAGUUAAAAAACUUACUGCAAAGAUAGCUUUGGAAGUUGGGCGGGUGAAAAAACGUCAAGCGGCCGACUUGGAGCAUUUUAAGAAGGAAAAAGAAGUGGCGGGCAGGAGGUAUCGCAGGGCAGUAACGAGACAUGAUGAUGUGCUUGCUACUUUCAAUUCUCGUAUGGAAAAGGUGCAGAGGUAUGUGGAAAAUCAGAAGGUUGUUCGCACAUCUAUGUAUGGAGUGAAUCAGAUCAUGGGAGUGCUUCAUGCUGCCAAGACUUGGAAAAAAGAGGCGAUAAAUAUUCCUGAUCGUAAGGUUAAGCAUCUUGAGAAUGAAUUGGUCCGGAGGAAGGAGAAGGCAAACUUGGUUGUUUUUGUUGAGUUUGAACCCAAGGAACUGGCUGAUAUCCCUUCCUUUGAUUUUACUCGUCCACUAUCUCCUGUUCAUCUAACUCUGACUGCGGGAGUUGAAGAUGCUGCUAAGGCAAGAGGGAAGGAGGAAAAUCGUCGUCGUGAGGAAGCAAGUCCUCGUCGUGUGGCUGAGCGUGCUGGUGCUGCGUCUUCGGCUGUGAGGCGUGAGGGUCAAGUUCCUUCCCACCCGUAGUUUGGUUUGUGUGAUCGUCAAAGCCCUGCGUGGCUGCUGCUAUCUUUUAUUUUGCUGCUUGUUUUUUAGACUUUGGUUGUUUAUGAUUUGAUCAUGUUGAUCUCUUUCGGAUAUGGAUGGUGAUCUGCAGGAAAUUAGUGUUGUUGUCUGGGCGCUGAUGUCUGGAGUCGAUGAUUGGUGCUGAAGAUUCGUUCACAUGAGUCUGAUGUUGUUGUCCAGAACUUGCGAUUGGUGCAUGUAGAUCGUUGGCUUGAUUUGAUCGAUGAUGUCCUGAACCGGUCGCUGGUGUUGGUACAUUGUUGAAAAGAACACGCUGGAGUCGUGGAGUGAUAUCAACUUGUUGUGAUCGUGGUGCACCAAUCUCGACAGACUGGAGUUCGUUGAUGCGGUUGUUGCAAAUAAUCUGAGAAUGCACGAAGUCGUCCAAACGAGAAGUCUUUCCUCGAGCGAGCUCAUCGAUCCUACCGAGAAGUGUUUGAAAGAUCAGGGAGAUGUCCGGCUGAGUGGAGUACAUCGUUCUUGUGUUACAUGGUGGGAUGGAUGAUGUGAGAUCGUAACCGCUGCUGGUAGGGCCGAGGUCGCAACCAUAGAUGGUUGGGUUGAGGUGUUGGCUUGAUGGUCCGAGGUUGCCAACAUUGAUGGUUUCUCUGAGGUUGUCGCUACUAGUGUCGAGAUGUUGGCUUGAUGGUCCGAGGUUGUCACCAUUGAUGGUUUGUCUGAGGUCGUCGCCACUAGUGUCGAGGUGUUGGCUGGAUGGUCCGAGAUUGUCAUUGCAGCUAGUUGUGCGCUAGUCGCUCCAGGAUGGUCAGUGGUUGCCGAGAUCGGAACGUAUGGUUGCGAUGUGGGUUUUGUGACUGCCGACCUGUCUUGAGGUGAAGAAGAAUCUCCGGCCCCAUGGUGGGCGCCAAUUGUUGUUUCCAUAUCCGGUCGGUGAUGUAAUAUUUAUAAAUGAUGUAAAGGGAUGGAGAUUUUCGUAUUAAUAGUCAAGAAUAAACAGGCUCGGUCAAUUACAAGAACUAAAGAUGCUCGUCUAAACAGUUCGUCUAAACAAGUAUCUUUCUAUUUUAUGGUCUGAGGUCGUAUGGGCCGAGCUCGCCUGGUGGUCGAGGUCGUCCAAGACUGUAUGUGAUGAAGAGGCGAUGCUCUCCUUUUUUGUACUUUAUGUACUUUUCUGAACGUCCUUUCAAUGAGUCAAUGAGUCUGACGUCUUCUAUUUAUAAUGACGUACGUUUUGUCUUUUAGCAAAAUCAUCCAUUGUUACUUAACGGGUCGGACCUAAUUUUGGGCUUAGCUCUUAAUGGGCCUAUGCUAAGUCUAUCUCCAACAAAGAUGUAAUCAUGACACUGUUCAUACUUAGAGAACUUAUAAUCCAAAUAUCUCUUUGAUACUUGGAGUACCGAUAUAGAAAAAGGUUUUUAAAAAAAUGGGAAGCUUGAGUACGAUUCUAAUACACCCAGAUGAAAUAUAUCCACUCUUGAAGUUGAAGCUUGCGAUUACGAAAGCUCAGAAACAGAUCCCACUUGAUCCACACUUGACUUUCUGUUACUCAACUCUCAACAAAGUUUUUAAAACGUUUUCUCUUAUUAUUCAGCAACUAGGCACCGAGCUACGUGACGCUGUACUUGUUUCUCUGCCUUUUUCUCACAGUAAUAUGUGUGUGUUUCGUGUGUUUAUGUUAUAUUUUCACCAUUUUCUUAUUCAGUUUGUUUGAGUAGGUGUGUGUGUUCUACUUGAUUCUCCGAGCUCUUGAUACUGUUGAGGAUGACACAAGCAUUCCAACUGAGAUCAAGGUUCCAAUUCGUAUAGCUUUCCACCGCCACAUAUACGAUCGUGACUGGCAUUUUGUAUGUAAGUGGUGAGGAAAAGUACAAGGUUCUAAUGGAGCAAUUUCAUCAUGUGUCUGCAGCAUUUCUGGAGCUUGAAAAAGGAUAUCAAGAGAUUAUUGAAGAUAUAACUAAAAGAAUGGGUGCAGGAAUGGCCAAAUUCAUUUCCAAGGAGGUAGAAACGGUUGAUGAUUAUGAUGAAUACUGUCAUUAUGCUGCUGGACUUGUGGGUUUGGGUAUGUCUAAACUUCUCCUCUCUUCAGAACUAGAAACAGUAACUCCAAACUGGGAGCAGCUUUCCAAUUCUACAGGUUUAUUUUUGCAG